GGUGAUGUAUAUGGUGGUGAAUGGGUCUAAUGGGCAGUGUCAUGGGUUUGGAGUCCACACUUGCUAUGAUGGGAGCCGCCAUGUUGGGGGGUUCAAAUGGGGUGUCAAACAUGGACACGGAGAGUACCAUUUCAGGACUCGAAGUAAGAAACCUUGGGUGGUCGGUGGUGAUUUGACAAUGGGUCAGAAAAGAACAAAGGUGGAUGAAGUGAUUUGCUUGGGAGAAAAUUUGGAAGACAAAGGGGCUGCAAGAGAGAAAUUUUGCAUUUGCGUCUAGGGCUUCAUGUUCAUCACUAGAUGAUAUGAAGAAUGGUUUCGUGUAUUUGGGAGAGCUGAGGAUGAUCCUGAUCCAAGAGGUGGUUGACCUCGAAGGCCAUGAUGGGCUGAAGUGAGGAUUGAGUGUUACGAAACCAAGGAUUUUUAGGUUAAGGAGGAAGAGAGGGAUGAGGAAAGUGAAGGGUGUUUUGUAGCAUCUAUGAAAGGUGAUAAAGGUGAGAAACCUGUUGCAGCUUUGAUGAAAGAUUAACCUGUUGAGAAAUCUGAGUCAGAUAUGCUGUGGGAAGAAAUGGAGAUGUUGCUUCAAUCUGAAAAAAUUGGAGUCCAGAAGAUCGUUUGGUGUGGAGCAAAACUGGUGCAGAGGAAUAGCGUGUGCGGAGGAACAACAGCGUGGAAGAGCAGAUCUGCGUUCCAGAAAUGGCAAGAACACGUGGUGCAUCUUUUAAUUCUCGAGGAGAGAGUUCUCGAGGAGAGAGUUCGUCGCAGGGCGAAGCUCGAAGAAGACCUACCGUUUCUGCUCGUAGAAGUCGGGCAGCUCCUAUCCAGCAUGACCCCAUAAUUGAGGAGCGAGUCGUUGAGGAACAAACAUAUGAGGCGUAUGAGACUCAUGGAGAGGAGAAUGCAUUUGAGGCCCCUAACGAUGAUGACGAUGAGGAGGAGCAUGCAGAUGUUCAUGACAUACAAGAGGAUGUCGCUGGAUUUCCUGGAGGUCCACACGAUCAUUCAUUGCUGACGCACUAUGUUCAGCAUGUAGCUUAUGCUAUUUCCCAAGGCCGGGAUCGAGGGGACACACUGAAGUUGAUCUCCCACGGAAAAAAAGUAAAUAAGUUAGGACCAUGCCACGAGGGAAUUCAAGACAUUCUGUUGAAUUCCAGUUUGAUGCCUCUUACAGGGAUUUGUUAUGAUUACGUUGAUAAGGGGUUACUCCUCGGAUUCAUAGAGAGGUGGCAUUUUGAGACCAGUAGUUUCCAUCUCCCUAUAGGGGAGAUGUCGAUUACUCUUGAUGACGUCUCGACAUUACUUCACCUGCCCGUGAUGGGGCAAAUGUGUGAUUUGGAGGAGUUGGAGUUUGAGGAGGCUCGUACAGCCCUUGUGCAACUACUCGGCGUUGAUGGUGGCACAGCAGGUUCUGAGAUGGAGGACGCACGUGGUCCGAAAGUCAGACUCAGCUGGCUUAGAGAGAUAUAUGUUCAGAGGUGUGAGUCGCAGCAUUGGGACUAUGCUGCUAGAGCAUAUUUGUUGCAUCUAGUAGGAUGCACAAUUUUUGCAAAUAAGAGUGCCAGUUCUAUACGCGUGUCUUACUUAUUGUUAUUUAGAGACGUACACGCGUGUGGCAGAUAUGCCUGGGGUGUUGCUGCACUCGCCUAUUUGUACGACCAGCUCGGGGAUGCGAGUCUCGCCUCCACGAAGCAGAUGGCUGGAUAUUUGACUCUAUUUCAGAGUUGGAUAUACGAACAUUUCCCUAGUAUGGGGAGGAGGCGGUUGGUAGCUUCUUACGAUGACACCACACCACGUGCCAUGAGGUGGCAGAGCCCUAGGCAGAGUUCCACUCUCACAGAGAUUCGAUCACAGUUGGAUGCGCUGACAUACAGUGGAGUUGUAUGGCAUCCGUAUGAGGGGCAUCGGGGCAUUCGGCCAUUCUUCGGCAUCUGUAUGUAUUCUGGAUGGAUUCGGAUUGGUGACACCCUUUGUCGUCAUUUGCCUGAGCGUGUGCUGAGGCAAUUUGGGUUUCAGCAAGACAUUCCACGAUCACCGACUACGGUUCCAGAUGCAGAUGUAGUGGCCAUUGAUCAUAUGUGGUUGCACUUCAGAGCUCACGUUGUGAGUAAUGUCAGACAUGCAGCAUCCCCUUCUGACUGUGUUGAUGGGUACAUUCAGUGGUUCAGGAGGGUUUCGCAUCCUUAUAUUAUUGUUGCUGCAGAUGACGCGCGACCGGCUCUUGCACCUAGGCAACGCCCCGAUGUUCCACGGGAGGCACGACCCCAUCGUAGAUCGUCUCCACCUUCACCAUCUGGCGCCGUGGCUAGAUUUAGGCGAAUGGCGAGAAUGUUACAGUCCUUGAUAUCGUGUCAUCAUGUCACCGAGGGUAUUGUUGCACAUCAGGUGUCAGUGGACCUGCUUCAGAUUGCUAAUGAAGGCAUCGACGAAUAUUCCACCACUAGGAGAGAGCAGAGGCAUGUGCGUGGUAGACGGUCGACGUCUAAUUGAUGGGACUUUAUAUUUCCUUUUUCUGAUUAUGUAUUACAGGACUUUCUAUUAUCUUUGUAUUUGUAAUAGACAUUUAUAAUUUCUUAUAAUUUCAAUGUUUUCAUUUUGAGUUA